AGAGAAAGCCUAUAUAAGCCAUAUAUUUUUGAGUGAAGAAGAGCACAAGUAACCUGAUAUAUCUGAUAACCUAGCUUUGUGAUCAUACUCAUGGGUUCUUCUUCUCAAAAGAGGGUUGUAGGGUUACUUCUUGUCUUGAGUAUUUUCUUGGAAUUGAGUGCCAUCACUUUUGGUGAUGAUAAGCUUGAAGAGUCGAGGUGGGGUAAUGAUUAUGGUUGUGGACGAUUUGGUAGAAGGGGAUGUGGUGGACGUGGAGGAUGGGGUGGACGCGGUCUAGGUGGUGGUAGAGGUGUUGGAGGAGGGUUUGGAGGCGGAGCUGGUGGAGGAGGAGGUCUCGAGGGAGGAGCAGGAGGUGGAGUAGGUGGUGGUGGAGGUCUUGGUGGAGGAGCAGGUGGUGGUGGAGGACUAGGUGGAGGUGGAGGAGGAGGACUCGGGGGAGGUGCAGGAGGCGGAGGUGGACUAGGAGGAGGAGCGGGAGGUGGAGUAGGUGGCGGAGGAGGUCUUGGGGGAGGAGCAGGUGGUGGAGGUGGACUAGGUGGAGGAGGAGGAGGAGGUCUAGGUGGAGGGGCAGGAGGUGGAGGUGGACUAGGUGGAGGAGGAGGAGGAGGUCUCGGUGGAGGGGCAGGAGGUGGAGGUGGACUAGGUGGAGGAGGAGGAAGAGGUCUCGGUGGAGGGGCAGGAGGUGGAGGUGGUCUAGGUGGAGGAGCGGGAGGUGGAGUAGGUGGUGGAGGAGGUCUAGGAGGAGGAGCAGGUGGUGGAGGAGGACUAGGGGGAGGAGAAGGUGGUGGUGUUGGUGGUGGAGCUGGUGGUGGUGUUGGUGGAGGUGGGGGAUUUGGUGGUGGUGGAGGAGGAGGUGUAGGUGGAGGGUCAGGUCAUGGUGGUGGAUUUGGAGCCGGAGGAGGUGUAGGAGGUGGUGAAGGAGGUGGUCUUGGUGGUGGAGCUGGUGGAGGUGGAGGUAGUGGUGGUGGAGGAGGUAUCGGAGGUGGUUCUGGACAUGGUGGAGGUUUUGGAGCUGGAGGUGGUGUAGGUGGUGGUGUUGGAGGAGGUGCUGGAGGUGGAGGUGGAGGUGGAGGAGGAGGCGGCGGCGGUGGUGGUCUUGGAGGAGGGUCAGGCCAUGGUGGUGGAUUUGGUGCAGGUGGCGGAGUUGGAGGUGGAACUGGUGGAGGAGUAGGAGGAGGAGGAGGAUUUGGAGGUGGCGGCGGAGGUGGAGCAGGAGGAGGAUCAGGUCAUGGUGGUGGUUUUGGUGCGGGUGGAGGUGUAGGUGGUGGGUCAGGGGGAGGAUUAGGAGGAGGAGGUGGACAUGGUGGAGGAAUCGGGGUUGGAAUUGGAGUUGGUAUCGGAGUAGGUGUUGGUGGUGGAGCUGGCAAAGGUGUUGGAGUAGGGAGUGGGUCCGGUAGUGGUGGUAAUGGCCGAUGA